AUGGACAGAACGCCUCCUUUCUUGGCAGAGGACUGGGAUUCGCGUCCAUUCUUCAAAACAAGUGGUACCAGUGAUGACACGAGGACGUACAUCACCUCCUUUGUCGCCACCUGCAGUUGGCGGAACUGUGUGUCUUUCCGAUUGAACUAUCCGGUGGUGCCCAAGGGAAAAGAUCGCCUCUGCGUUAUUCUUCACGCGGAAAGCACCGUAGGCGAGGCUGAGACAUUAGUAGUGGCACUCUGCGAGUCGGCUCAGGAAAUGCUUGACAUUGAACCAGGCGGGAAUAAAUAUGGUAAAAUUCCCAGUGCAGCACGUGAAAAGCCUGAAAUGAUGAGGCAUCCUCUUUAUCCACGAAGCGGGAAAGACAGAGAAAAAGAGGAACUACUCCCGUAUACUGUGAUGGGGUGA